AGUGGCCCAGGUGGCUGCUAUCAGCCACAGGCAGGCCUCUGGGUUCCUGACCAGCGUGUAGUGCAGCGGGUUAAAGAGGGCCAUGUAGCAGUCACAGGCCAUGACAACCGGCAGAAGGGCCUUCCUGCUGCCCAGGAAGUGGAAGAAAUGGAACUGGGUGAGGCAGCUGGUAAAGGAGAUGGCCUGGUGCCCCAACAGGAAGCCGGCCAGCAUCUUGGAGCGUUUUAACAAUAAGAGAAGUUGGAAGAAUCUGUGACAGGACAGAGUUAAGGUGGUUUGCAAGCUUGAUCUGUGCAUUCGUGGACCUUAACAGGGUUGGAUUUCUUUUAAGUGAAAUCUAAACCUUCAACUUCCAAGUUGACUGUGCUAAAAAUAGGAAGGGAACCGUAAGGAAACGAAGAGCUCAGAGCUUGUGUUAAUCCGCCUUUGAAGAUGAACGGAUGGCCUCAGUUGGACAGCAAGCAUAUUUUGAGGUUAAUAAAUGGAGAAGAAGAACUUCACCCCAGUGACAGAAUUUGUCCUCUUGGGCCUCACUCAGAGACCUGAGCUGCAGCCAUUCCUUUCUGUGACUUUCUUCAUAGUCUACAUAAACACUUGGCUGGUAAACGUCAUCAUCAUCACCACUGUGAUCUCUGACUACCAGCUCCACACCUCCAUGUAUAUCCUGCUGGCCAACUUGGCUUUCCUAGAUAUCUGCGAUUCAUCAGUCAAUACUCCAAAAUUACUCUCAGAUCUCCUCUCACAGCAUAAAACCAUCUCAUUCAAUGAGUGCAUCCUUCAGAUGUUUUUCCUCCACUUCUUUGCUGGCGCUAUGGGGUUUUGCCUUGUGGGGAUGGCGGUCGAUCGGUACGUGGCCAUCUAUAAACCACUGCGGUACUUAACUAUCAUGAACCGGGAUGUAUGUGUGAGGAUAGUGGCACUGGCAUGGCUGGUUGGAUUGGCUCACUCUGCUGUUCAGACAGGACUGCUCCUCCAGUUACCGUUCUGUGGUCCAAACAUCCUGGACAAUUUUUACUGUGAUGUCCCACAAGUCAUCAAACUGGCCUGCACCAACACUCACUUGGCUGAAAUGCAGAUGAACUUAAACAGUGGGUUAGCGAUCAUAAUAAUAUUCAUCAUUCUGCUUAUUUCUUACGCUGUCAUCUUAAUCAAGAUCAGGACACAUGUCACGGAAGGGAAGCACAAGGCUCUGUCCACCUGUGGAACCCAGAUCACUGUGAUGUGUUUUCAAUUCAUACCCAGCAUCUUCAUCUAUGCUUGGCCCAUCAAGCAGUUCGCCCUGCAUAAGGUGGUCUCAGUCAUUUACUCUACAAUCACCCCAAUGCUGAACCCGAUGGUCUACACCCUGAGAAAUGCUGAGAUGAAGAACGCCAUCAGGAGACUAUUGAACAGAAUGCUGUUCUCACGGCAGGAAAGACAGACAUAGUUUAUCUCUCAAUGUCCAUUGGUGUUAAAAACCUGAUCUCAGUCAUAUAUCAGAGAUCAGACAUAUGUGGCACGUGAAAUGUGUGUGUGGUCAAAUAAGAUCAAAUCCUGCACACUCAUGAGAAUCUCAGUUCACAAAUGCAUAAUAGAUGGAGAGCCAGAAACUCCAUGUAAGGAAGAAAAGCAGUCAGUGGAAAUAAGACGUAGCUCCAUAUUGGUAAAUAGUCCAGAUCCCCAGCUGGAGGAAAUGGGUGCAUCUCAUUAAAUGGCUUCCACCGGCUAGGGCUUUAACACUGAGAACUGUUGGUCAAAAUUAUUCUAAGAAUGAUUUC